GUUGUUCUGUAGCAACGGAGUACUCAUCAAACUUCAUCUUCUUCGUACAUUUUUCGAGAGAGCGAGAGAGAAUCGCAUUUGCAUAUGUGAUUGAUAGAUAUAUAUCGGGAGAGAAGAAGAUGAGAUUCAUUAGAGGUAGUAAUGAUUGUGAGUUUUUCUCAUACAAGCAUUAUCAAAUAGGGAUUUUGAUUUCUCUUUUGAGUUUAUCGGUGAUUGAUGUUGUAAAAGGUUCGAUCCACGAAUAUAAGAAUGAAGGAUUCAUACCUCGAUUCAAUUCCUUCUUCGUUCAUGGAGGUAGUGAGGGAAUGUAUGCUUCUAAGGUACAUAAUAAUGGGUCUACCAAAGAUAAACCUAUAAACGGCAAAUCCUUCGUACGGUUCGAGUCUAUCAUCUUUCGAAGACCGAAGGAGGUUGCUGCUAAACAGAACGAGAUGCAACAGAGUACUGGUUUGGUUGAAGCUAUACUUGUUGAAGUGAAAAACCGUGAUAAAAUUGGGGGUUCAUAUUUAAAUUCAAACGCUAUAUGUUGUACACCUGAACUUGCAAAUGAUGGUUCAUGUAAGGUAGGAGAAGUAAUUAUUCGCCAAGAUCCUGACAACCCUGGCUGGCCUAAACGUAUUCAAACCCCCUUUGAGGGCAAAAAAGAAGAAGCAAAGAUGUUGUUACAAACCGUUGAGAUCAAUAGAACAGGAAUGUAUUAUCUUUACUUUAUGUUAUGUGAUCCACAACUCAAGGGUACAACAAUGAGUGGAAGAACAGUUUGGAGAAACCCAAAUGGUUAUCUACCAGGGAAGAUGACACCAUUGAUGCCGUUUUUUGGAUUCAUGUCUCUAACUUAUCUCAUUCUUGGUCUUUUAUGGUUUCUUCGAUUUGUUCAACAUUGGAAGGAUAUAAUCCAGUUGCAUUACCACAUCACAAUGGUUAUUGGUCUUGGAAUGUGUGAGAUGGCUCUUUGGUAUUUUGAGUAUGCAAAUUUCAAUGCCACAGGAAGUAGACCAAUUGGAAUCACUCUUUGGGCAGUUACUUUCAGUGCUUUUAAGAAGACUUUCUCUCGCCUUCUUCUUCUAGUUGUAUCAAUGGGUUUUGGUGUGGUGCGACCCACUUUAGGAGGUGUAACAUUGAAAGUGUUGCUUCUUGGUUUGAUAUAUUUUGUGGCUUCUGAAGCUCUUGAACUUGUUGAAAAUCUUGGAAAUAUCAAUGAUUUUUCUGGGAAAGCAAGAGUCUUUCUUGUUCUACCUGUUGCUCUACUGGAUUCUUGCUUCAUUCUUUGGAUCUUUUCAUCUUUAUCUAAAACUCUGGAAAAGCUUCAGACAAGGAGAAACAUGGGUAAACUUGAACUAUACCGAAAGUUUACUAAUGCUUUAGCUGUAUCAGUUUUAGUUUCUGUUGCUUGGAUUGGCUAUGAGUUGUACUUCAAUGCAAGUGAUCCCUUGAGUGAAUUAUGGCAAAGAGCUUGGAUCAUACAAGCUUUCUGGGCUGUGUUGGCUUAUGUACUAUUGGUGGUGAUAUGUAUUCUAUGGGCUCCUUCCCGUAAUCCCACAAGGUAUUCGUAUUCGGAGGUUGAGGACAUAGAAGAAGAUGGCAUAUCUUUGACCGGAAGUGGAGUCAAAGUUUCAGGAGACUUGAUAGAGAGGAAACCUGCAGUCAUUACAGAUCAUGUUUUUGAGGUUCUUGAAGAAGACAAAAGAGAAUGAUGCUCUCUCUUACUAUUAUUCUCAAGAAAAUAUAAUCAAAUGUAUGAAUGGCAUCAUCAUCAUCAUCAUCAUCAU